AUGGGUAGAUUAUAUGACAAUUGGGAAAGAUUGGUUGAAGCCACUCUACGGAGAGAGGAGCUUCGAGAAGUUGCUCGGAAUCCUAGCGUCAGCUCUAUUUCUUCAGAAUUCAGUUCUCCUAUUCAUGAUCACAUGGCUGUCAAGAGCCCUGGAGGACCCUUUGAAGAGGGUGGAUCGCCUCAACAGAAUGGCCAAACUACUCAUGCUUGGCCAGCCGCACCAGUCUUGAAGAAGCGGCUCAGCCACUUAAUCAGCAUGAUUAAUGGAGAUCACUUGGAGGAAUUUUCCUUGCAAAAGGACAUCAAGUCAUCCAGCAUAUUACUCGAUGCUACCUGGACUGCCAAGGUGUCCGAUUUCGGGCUAUCUUUGAUGGGCCCGCAAGAUGACGAGUCCUUAGAUGUUUAUAGUUUUGGAAUCGUAUUGCUGGAAUUGCUAUCAGGUCCUAAGGCAAUUCACAAGAAUGAGAAAGCGGUGCCAACAAAUUUGGUGGAUUAUGUAGUUCCGUACAUAAGUCAAGAUGAAAUUCAUAGAGUUCUGGAUGGGAGGGUGCCCCCUCCUACACCAUUUGAGAUUGAGGCAGUGGCAUAUGUAGGGUACCUUGCUGCAGAUUGCGUCAUGCCAGAAAGACAAGAUAGGCCACCAAUGACUGAAGUUGUAAAUCGCUUAGAUAGAGCCCUUAAGGCAUGUUUGGAACCCCCGGUGUUGUCUCGAUUCAAUACCGACUUCUCUGCAACCCCUCGACACAAUCACAUAAAUGAUAAACGAUACAAUAUACUUUAUUCAUGUGGUUGUAGCUGA